ACCAGACUUCCGUCUAGCAAUAAACUCUUGACGCUGCUGUUUUAAGAUGAAGCUAGCCCUUCUUACAGUCGCCAUCUUGUUUGCUCUCUCUGAGGGGAAAAGCCGCAAAAGCCCACUAGAAUGCUUCUACUUCAACAGUGGGGCUUCUGUAGCUGCUGGUAAACGAGAUGUGUUCUGCCUCGAUCACGAUUUUUUGUUCGGCGGCGUGGCCGUCGGAAAACGAUUCUCUCCUCUUCCUGAACCACAAGAUGGAGUUCCACCACCUUAUCCACCCCCUCCACCUGCUGAAGGAGGUCUAGCUCCACCACCACCACCACCACCACCACCAACAUCCCAACCACCAGCAGCAAAACGAUCUCUAGACUGCCAAUACUACGAAGCAUCAGCAGCAGCAGGUAAACGCGACAUCUACUGCUACGAUACUGACGGUAUCGAUUACGGUUACGCUGUGGCCACACGGUACUCGCCAUCGGAGUGAUCGAUCCUCUCCACUCCACCACAACCUGAUCCACAAUGACAUCCACACCCCACUUACCUCCUGUCUGAAGCUACCUCAUCUAAACCAACACAGUAUCUUCACCUGGUCUGAGGUUUCAAGUAUUAUGUUACAUUUUUGUUUACACGUGUAGUCAAAAUUCUGAAUUAAAU